AUGCAGAUCACUCAGAUUAUCCUUUCUACCGCCCUCCUGUCCUCCUCGGCCGUCAUGGCUGCCCCGGCUCAGGGCAAGUCCAUGAUGGCGAACGGUCCCGAGUGGACCAUCGAGAACAUGAAGCGCGUCUGCAACGCCGCUAACACCGAGUGCACCUGGACCUUCGGGAUCGAGGUCGGCACUGACGCCGCUACCCCCUGCACCUAUGUCGUGAAGGCCACCGACGCCUCCCAGGCCAACGGUGGCCCUGCCACAUGCGGCGUCUACACCAUCACCUCCGGCUGGAGCGGCUAUUUCGGCGCGGGCAAUGGCUUCACCACCAUGUCCGUUGUCAAUGGCAACACCCGCCAGAUUGUCUGGCCCGCCUACACCGACAAACAGCUUGCUGGCGGAGAUGUCGUCAAGCCCAACCAGGCCUACGCUCCCGCUGCUCUCCCCUAA